AUGCCAUCUUCCAGCUGGCUUGACCCUUCUUUGCUUCCCGCGUAUGCGGUUGCAGCAGCGGCCGUUUACUUUAUUGGCCGUUAUGUCGACAACAACUAUAUUCGGCCGCCUUCCAAGACGGGAUUCGGAAAGGGAGCGCCUGGGUUCCAAACAAGCGUGAGAAAGGUUGCAAUCACUCCCGAACUGGCAGAGCGACUCAGGAGGGGUGAGGAGGUAACUCCGGAAGAGAUUGCUGCAGCCCAAGCCGAAGCUGAGAGAAACCCAACGGUGACGCUACGCAGGCGAGAUAUUGUCGAACGCGACGACCGAGUCCAGACCACUGACGACAGCGAUCGAGAACCAGAUACUCGAGGCGGUAAGAAAGCGCGCCGUGCAGUUGAAUCUGGCGGAAAUGAAUGGGUACCAGAGGGGCAUUUGAAACCCAAGGGCAGGAGCGGCACACCCAGAGGCCGGAGGAGAAAAUAA